AUGUCGCAACGAAAGAACGCCGCUGGGUCUGUUAAUGCUGAGAGCCACCUGUUCAAAGAUCACAACGGCGUAGUCGAUCCUUCCGGCAAAAGACAGGGUCCUAAAUCUACAGCUGAAACGCCCGCCCGGUCAAUUGCCACGAUGCUGCAACUGAAUCCAGAGGUCACACGCGACCAAGAAAUAACGAACCUCCUGAUCAAGCGGUUUAAUAAAACCGCAUUUCAACAGAUGAUGGUCAACUGGAUCGUUAACACGAAUCGAUCGUUCACCACGGCGAAAGAUCCUGACCUGCGAGCGAUCUUCGAAUAUCUAAACCCUUCAGUCUCCAUCACAGAAGCUCACAUAUCCGAUGUAACGGUACGCACGAUCGCUGUAAGAGAGUUCAAUGCGAAUAAGUUAGCUGUACGAGAGACACUUCGGAAGAGCCCAGGCCAGAUCCAUAUCCAAUUUGAUGGAUGGCGGUCCGGCAACAGGCAUGCUCUUUACGGCGUUACAUGCAUAUUCAGGAGUCCGGAUAACAGGCCCCGGAAGUGCGUUCUUGGCCUUCCGGGGCUGCUUGGUCGGCAUACAGGUGAGAACAUCGCUGGUGAGAUUCUCGAUAUCGUCCGGGAAUUCGAGAUUGAGGACAAGCUGGGCUACUUUACGCUGGACAACGCGUCGAAUAACAAAACAACCAUGGAAAUACUCGGCCGUGAGCUGGGAUUUAACUGGAAGAAGCGCUGGGUUCGCUGCAUUGGCCAUGUUGUCAACAUAGUGGUGAAACAUAUGCUCUUUGGCCAAGAUCCAGACGCGUUUGAGAAAAAGAUCUACGAUGGCCAGCUUACGGCGGCGAGGGAGCAUGAGCAGUGGCGCAAAAGGGGCCCAGUAGGUAAAUGGCAUAACUUCGCCGUUGAGGUCAAUAGAUCCGAUAUCUGGACCGAUGUCUUGAAAAAAGUCCAGCAAGUUGAAUCCCAACUUUCUGACGACCCAGCGAUCCAGGCUCACGAGCCUGUCGGCGUUGUGGUUGAUAAUGCUACUCGUUGGCUUUCCCAGCUCGCCAUGAUCGACCGGGCACUCGUUCUGCAGCCGUUUUAUGACCCUUUCAUCCAACGAGCCUUAAGUGAGUGGAACAAAGCCAAUCUCACAAAAAGCGGGUCGGCGAGGAAGGGAGCCAGGAUGCCAUUCUUUUUGAGGGAAGAAAAUCGGAUUACAAGCAAUGACUGGCGUGUGCUCCAGGCGCUCCGCGACAUCCUGCUAGACUUUCAACUGGUAGUCAAAGCCUUGGAGGGUGAUGGACAAGGCAAGCACCGGAAAGCAGUUCAGCAAGACGAGAUUGAGCCUCCAUUAUCUGGCACGAGCUGGGAUCUUCUUCACGCAUAUGAAUAUCUUCUCGAGUCUCUCGAAUCUGCCAAGAAGAUCGCGGUUUCUCUCCCGGACUUUGAGUACCUCGCUGUAAAUAUUAACCUAGGCUGGAUGAAACUCGACGAAUAUUACCAGCACCUGAACGAUAGUCCCGUGGUCUACGGCGCGGCGGCUCUGCACCCGGCUUACCGCUGGGCAUUAUUCGAUGAUCUGUGGGGCGAUGAUACCAAGCGACGAGCAUGGAUUACCAAAGCCAAGGCAGUUGUCCAGGAAUUCUACGUCUCUGCUUCGAACUUCCUCACGGCUCUUCAGCCCCAGAACCAACUGAUCCUUGGAGUGGCAUUGCAUUCGGCCACGUUGGAUUUGUCAAAGCCGACGGUGGGUGGCCUUCUCGAUCGCUCCGGUCUUUUGUUUGGGGUGCGCAUCUCGUGCAGUGAGGAAGAGACAUCAUCAUAUUCACCCAAAUAG